AUGGCUCAAUUGGGGGCAGCAGCAGCAGAAGCAGCCACAGCAGCAGUAGCAGCAGCAGCAGCAGCAGCAGCAGCAGCAGCAGCAGCAGCAGCAGCAGCAGCAGCAGCAGCAGCAGCAGCAGCAGCAGCAGCAGCAGCAGCAGCAGCAGCAGCAGCAGCAGCCGCAGCAGCAGCAGCCAGCAGCAGCAGCAGCAGCAGCAGCAGCAGCAGCAGCAGCAGCAGCAGCAGCAGCAGCAGUCGCAGCAGCAGCAGCAGCAUCGUAAGCAACAGACCCCCACUUCUCAGCAGCUUCAUGACUGAUCUGCUUUAG